AUCCUGGGCGCCCAGCUGGAGAGGCGGAGGCAGCUCCAGGAGGCUGGGAGUGGAAGCUCAGCGGGAGCAGGAGUGGGAGGGAGAGGGAGAGAGAGAGAGAGAAAGGCUAAUUAAAAAAGGGUACUCCGAGGGAAGAGAGCAAGGGCGGUGCGCCGCCAAGGACCAACUCGCGGCGGAGCUUCGAUUUUCCGUAGGCGCGGAGAACUCCCAACCUGGGCUGGAACCUUGCCCAGCACAGGUGGCUGCUACACCCCAUGUAAAAAGCAGAAAAUAAAAUGAAGAUUUUUCAGUGCAAGAUGCGGUACUGGUUGCUUCCACCUUUUUUGGCAAUUGUUUAUUUCUGCACCAUCGUCCAAGGUCAAGUGGCUCCACCCACAAGGUUACGAUAUAAUGUAAUAUCUCAUGACAGUAUACAGAUUUCAUGGAAAGCUCCAAGAGGGAAAUUUGGUGGUUACAAACUUCUUGUGACUCCAGCUUCAGGUGGAAAAACUAACCAGCUGAAUCUCCAGAACACUGCAACUAAAGCAAUUAUUCAAGGCCUUAUGCCAGACCAGAAUUACACAGUCCAAAUUAUUGCAUACAAUAAAGAUAAAGAAAGCAAGCCAGUUCAAGGCCAAUUCAGAAUUAAAGAUUUAGAAAAAAGAAAGGAUCCAAAGCCCAGAGUCAAAGUUGUGGACAGAGGAAAUGGGAGUAGACCAUCUUCACCAGAAGAAGUGAAAUUUGUCUGUCAAACUCCAGCGAUUGCUGACAUUGUAAUCCUGGUCGAUGGUUCAUGGAGUAUUGGAAGAUUCAACUUCAGACUGGUUCGGCUUUUCUUGGAAAACCUGGUUACAGCAUUCGAUGUGGGCUCAGAGAAGACACGAAUUGGUCUUGCACAGUAUAGUGGCGACCCCAGAAUAGAAUGGCACUUGAAUGCAUUUAGCACAAAAGAUGAGGUGAUUGAAGCUGUCCGAAACCUCCCAUAUAAAGGAGGAAAUACACUAACAGGUCUUGCUUUGAACUACAUUUUUGAAAAUAGCUUCAAACCUGAAGCAGGAUCAAGGACUGGAGUAUCCAAAAUCGGCAUUUUAAUCACAGAUGGAAAAUCCCAGGAUGACAUUAUUCCACCAUCUAGAAACCUUCGUGAGUCUGGUGUAGAACUGUUUGCCAUAGGGGUGAAAAAUGCGGAUGUGAAUGAGCUGCAGGAGAUCGCCUCCGAACCGGACAGCACUCAUGUGUACAAUGUUGCCGAAUUCGACCUGAUGCACACAGUUGUGGAGAGUCUGACCAGGACUGUCUGCUCUAGAGUGGAAGAACAGGACAGAGAAAUUAAAGCCUCAGCCCAUGCCAUCACUGGGCCGCCUACAGAGUUGAUUACUUCUGAAGUCACUGCCAGAAGCUUUAUGGUUAACUGGACUCAUGCCCCAGGAAAUGUGGAAAAAUACAGAGUUGUGUAUUAUCCUACCAGGGGUGGAAAACCAGACGAGGUGGUGGUAGAUGGAAGUGUAUCUUCCACAGUGUUGAAAAACUUGAUGUCUUUAACUGAAUAUCAGAUAGCAGUCUUUGCAAUCUAUGCCCACACUGCUAGUGAAGGCCUACGGGGAACUGAAACUACACUUGCUUUACCCAUGGCUUCUGACCUUCUACUGUAUGAUGUGACUGAGAGCAGCAUGCGAGUCAAAUGGGAUGCAGUACCUGGGGCCUCAGGUUACCUGAUCCUUUAUGCUCCCCUAACAGAGGACCUGGCUGGGGAUGAAAAAGAGAUGAAAAUUGGAGAGACCCACACGGAUAUUGAAUUGAGUGGGUUGUUGCCCAAUACAGAAUACACAGUCACAGUUUAUGCCAUGUUUGGAGAAGAGGCCAGCGAUCCUGUUACAGGACAAGAAACAACAUUGGCUUUAAGUCCACCAAGAAAUCUGAGAAUCUCCAAUAUUGGCUCUAACAGUGCUCGAUUAACCUGGGACCCAACUUCAAGACAGAUCAAUGGUUAUCGAAUUGUAUAUAACAAUGCAGAUGGGACUGAAAUCAAUGAGGUUGAAGUUGAUCCUAUUACUACCUUCCCUCUGAAGGGCUUGACACCUCUCACAGAGUAUACUGUUGCUAUUUUCUCCAUCUAUGAUGAAGGACAGUCAGAGCCUCUGACUGGGGUUUUUACCACCGAGGAAGUUCCAGCCCAGCAAUACUUAGAAAUUGAUGAGGUGACGACAGACAGUUUUAGGGUGACCUGGCAUCCCCUCUCAGCUGAUGAAGGGCUACACAAAUUGAUGUGGAUUCCAGUCUAUGGGGGGAAGACCGAGGAGGUUGUCCUGAGAGAAGAACAGGACUCACAUGUUAUUGAAGGCUUGGAGCCCGGUACGGAGUAUGAAGUUUCACUAUUGGCCGUACUUGAUGAUGGAAGCGAGAGUGAGGUGGUGACUGCUGUGGGGACCACACUUGACAGUUUUUGGACAGAACCAGCUACAACCAUGGUGCCUACCACACCUGUGACGUCAGUUUUCCAGACGGGAAUCAGAAACCUGGUUGUAGGUGAUGAAACCACUUCUAGCCUGCGGGUAAAAUGGGACAUUUCUGACAGCGAUGUGCAGCAGUUUAGGGUGACCUACCUGACAGUUCAAGGGGACCCCGAGGAAGAAGUGGUAGGAACGAUUAUGGUGCCUGGAAGCCAGAACAAUCUCCUUCUGAAGCCUCUGCUUCCUGAUACUGAAUACAAAGUCACAGUGACUCCCAUCUACACAGAUGGAGAAGGCGUCAGUGUCUCUGCUCCUGGAAAAACCUUGCCGUCCUCAGCGCCCCAGAACUUGCGGGUGUCCGAGGAAUGGUAUAACCGGUUGCGCAUUACGUGGGACCCCCCGUCUUCCCCAGUGAAAGGCUAUAGAAUUGUCUACAAACCUGUCAGUGUUCCUGGUCCAACACUGGAAACAUUUGUGGGAGCUGACAUUAACACCAUUCUUAUCACAAAUCUCCUCAGUGGAAUGGAUUACAAUGUGAAGAUAUUUGCCUCCCAGGCCUCAGGCUUCAGCGACGCCCUGACAGGCAUGGUGAAAACAUUGUUCUUGGGUGUUACAAACCUCCAAGCCAAACACGUUGAAAUGACCAGCUUGUGUGCCCACUGGCAGGUACAUCGCCAUGCCACAGCCUAUAGAGUUGUUAUAGAAUCCCUCCAGGAUACAAAAAAGCAAGAAUCAACUGUGGGUGGAGGUACAACCAGGCAUUGCUUCUAUGGACUUCAGCCUGAUUCUGAAUAUAAAAUCAGUGUUUAUACAAAGCUCCAGGAGAUUGAAGGACCUAGUGUGAGCAUAAUGGAAAAAACACAAUCACUUCCUACACGACCACCAACUUUUCCACCAACCAUUCCACCAGCAAAAGAAGUAUGUAAGGCGGCCAAGGCUGACCUGGUAUUUAUGGUGGAUGGAUCCUGGAGCAUUGGAGAUGACAAUUUCAAUAAGAUCAUCAGCUUUCUGUAUAGCACUGUUGGAGCCCUGAACAAGAUUGGCACAGAUGGAACCCAAGUUGCAAUGGUUCAAUUCACUGAUGACCCCAGAACAGAAUUUAAACUAAAUGCUUACAAAACCAAAGAGACUCUUCUUGAUGCAAUUAAACACAUUUCAUACAAAGGAGGAAAUACAAAAACAGGAAAAGCAAUUAAGUAUGUUCGAGAUUCCUUGUUCACAGCAGAGUCAGGUACAAGAAGGGGCAUCCCAAAGGUUAUUGUGGUUAUAACUGAUGGAAGAUCACAAGAUGAUGUGAACAAAAUCUCCAGGGAGAUGCAAUUAGAUGGCUAUAGCAUUUUUGCAAUUGGUGUGGCCGACGCAGAUUACUCGGAGUUGGUUAGCAUUGGCAGUAAGCCCAGCGCACGCCAUGUCUUCUUUGUGGAUGACUUUGACGCCUUUAAGAAAAUCGAAGAUGAGUUAAUUACUUUUGUCUGCGAAACCGCAUCAGCAACCUGUCCAAUGGUACACAAGGAUGGCAUUGAUCUUGCAGGAUUUAAAAUGAUGGAAAUGUUUGGUUUGGUUGAAAAAGAUUUUUCAUCAGUGGAAGGGGUUUCCAUGGAGCCUGGUACUUUCAAUGUGUUUCCAUGUUACCAACUCCAUAAAGAUGCCCUGGUUUCCCAGCCAACCAGGUACAUGCAUCCGGAAGGAUUGCCCUCCGACUACACAAUCAGUUUUCUAUUCCGGAUUCUGCCUGACACUCCACAGGAGCCAUUUGCUCUUUGGGAGAUUUUAAAUAAAAAUUCUGACCCAUUGGUUGGGGUUAUUUUAGACAAUGGUGGGAAAACUCUAACAUAUUUCAACUACGACCACAGUGGGGAUUUUCAAACUGUUACUUUCGAAGGACCUGAAAUUAGGAAAAUUUUUUAUGGAAGCUUUCACAAGCUACACAUUGUUGUCAGUGACACUUUGGUCAAAUUGGUUAUUGACUGCAAGCAAGUGGGUGAGAAGGCAAUAAAUGCAUCAGCUAAUAUCACAUCAGAUGGUGUAGAAGUACUAGGGAAAAUGGUUCGAUCAAGAGGACCAGAUGGAAACUCUGCACCGUUCCAGUUACAGAUGUUUGAUAUUGUUUGUUCCACAUCAUGGGCCAAUACAGACAAAUGCUGUGAACUUCCAGGCCUGAGAGAUGAUGAGUCUUGCCCAGACCUUCCUCAUUCUUGCUCCUGUACUGAAACCAAUGAAGUGGCUCUGGGACCAGCGGGCCCACCAGGUGGUCCGGGACUCCGAGGACCAAAGGGCCAGCAAGGUGAACCAGGUCCAAAGGGACCAGAUGGCCCUCGGGGUGAAGUUGGUCUACCAGGACCUCAGGGUCCACCUGGACCCCAAGGACCAAGUGGUCUGUCCAUUCAAGGAAUGCCCGGAAUGCCAGGAGAAAAAGGAGAGAAAGGAGAUACUGGCCUUCCAGGUCCACAGGGUAUCCCAGGAGGCGUUGGUUCACCAGGACGUGAUGGCUCACCAGGCCAGAGGGGUCUUCCAGGAAAGGAUGGAUCCUCGGGACCUCCAGGACCACCAGGGCCAAUAGGCAUCCCUGGGGCCCCUGGAGUCCCAGGAAUCACAGGAAGCAUGGGACCGCAAGGCGCCCUGGGACCACCCGGUGUCCCUGGGGCAAAGGGGGAACGAGGAGAGCGGGGUGACCUGCAGUCUCAAGCCAUGGUGAGAUCAGUGGCACGUCAAGUAUGCGAACAGCUCAUCCAGAGUCACAUGGCCAGGUACACUGCCAUCCUCAACCAGAUUCCCAGCCACUCCUCAUCCAUCCGGACUGUCCAAGGGCCUCCUGGGGAGCCUGGGAGACCAGGCUCACCUGGAGCCCCUGGUGAACAAGGACCCCCAGGCACACCAGGCUUCCCCGGAAAUGCAGGCGUGCCAGGGACCCCAGGAGAACGAGGUCUAACUGGUGUCAAGGGAGAAAAAGGAAAUCCAGGCGUUGGAACCCAAGGUCCAAGAGGCCCCCCUGGACCAGCAGGACCUUCAGGGGAGAGUCGGCCUGGCAGCCCUGGGCCCCCUGGCUCUCCUGGACCAAGAGGCCCCCCAGGUCAUCUGGGGGUUCCUGGACCACAAGGUCCUUCUGGCCAGCCUGGAUAUUGUGACCCCUCAUCAUGUUCUGCCUAUGGUGUGAGAGAUCUGAUCCCCUACAAUGAUUACCAGCACUGAAGUGGAAAUCCUCCACUCUGGUUACAUUGGCCCCGGGCAUUUGGCUAUGGAAACAGAACUGUCCUGUCGACCACCACCACCACCAAGCCCCUGCCCCUAACAAUGGACACCCUGCUUCCCUGCCUCUUCUUCAUCCCUGCCUUCACGCUUUCAAAUCUCUUGCUCACUCUGCUCCAAACAUGAUGGAGUGAUAACAUUGGAACUUAACCAAAUCAUAUAUGUCUAUUUUAAUAGACACUGACUGCUCCAUGUCAGCCUGGAUAGAGGUAUAUGAUCGUGUGCCAAGAAUUUAUCUCAGACUCCCCUGUGUGACAGCUCCGUAAUAAAGUUACUUAACUGUGCUUCCUCCUCCUUCCUCUCCCCACACAGGAUGGAUGAGCAUCUUUCUGCUUGACCACCCUACUCUCCCUUCCUCCCCUGAUCACCUCCCCUCCCUGCUCUCCUCUGGUGAUGGACUUCUAACAUGAGAUCGUUUUUUUAAAUUUCUAUUUCUUUUAUAAUUUUGCUGAGUUUUCAGGGUUUCUUCUGUAAAUAAAACGUGUAAUAUUUAAAUAGUUGGCUAUGAUUCUAAUUUUCUAACAAUUUCUGUAAUGUAUCUUUCCCUUCGUCUGUUUACUAACUGUCUGAAAUCUUAUGGGGAAGGUACAAGGGGCGUGGUGGAUUAAGUUACCCACUGCUUUUUACCCAGCAGGAUAUCUCUGUGUCUCUAAGGACCCAGGUGAGGGGAGAAUAUCAAUUUAUGAUUCCUGGGUGCAGCAAGUCCCCACCCCCACUUUUCCUCUUUAGCUCCCCAUCCAGAUCAGCCAGAGUUCACCCCUGUCCAAGACGAGCUGGAAGCCAUGGAACUGUGGGGCCCCGGAGUCUGAUAGCCUCAGAAGAAAUUGAAAGACCAACUGCAAGAACUCUUAAGGCAUCUUGUUUGAGAAAAUGUUGUUAUGUGGUUUGUAUGCUCCUUUGGUGGGGAGGGGGCGGGCCUCAUUUCAGCAGCCUAAAUCUCCUCCUUGGAUAAUGUUAAUAUUAUUGUUGUUAUUAACAAAAAAUAUAUAUAUUUUUUAAAAGUUCCCUUAAUCUAUGACAUGGUAGAAAUGAUUUCGCUUUGGUGUUUUCAUGGCAUGUCAGAUAAUUUGUUUUUCCAGAGAAGAGAGCUCAAAGAGGAAUUGGGAAAAAUAAAUUGAACUCUGAAAUCUUCUCUCUCAAGUCCUGAAAUGAACAGAUAUGAUUGUGUUUGAGGGAAAUAAUAUGCCCGCAGCAAGAAAAGAAUUCAAAGAGGUUCAAAGAAUAUGUCACUUACUCCUACUUGCUAUAGGAAUAACCUUGCUGAUAAGAAAAAAAGGGACAUAAUUGGACAAACUACCUCUUGCUUAAUUGAUAUGUCCAACUCUGAGAUCAGUUGGUAACUGGUUUCAUGGGUAUCCAAAAAUCAGCAUUUGGAUAUAAUCUUUCUGAAUUUAGUAAUUUAAAAAAUAGAUUUAGUUUUUCAGUGGUUUUAACUCGUGAAAUAAUGACUUUCCACCAACUCUGAUGCAAAGAGAUAUAAUUUUAAUGAACAAUUUAUCCAGCAGUGUGUUCCAGGGGUUGCCUCUCCUUAUCUACAGGGAUUACUUUGUACAUGCAGAUAAGUUUUCGCAAACCUACUUCCAUUUUCUUUUGUAAGCAAAUAAAACUUUGAAACAACGUAUGUGGAUUCUUUUUUCUGCAUUUCUAAGUAUCACCUUAAGCUUUUGUAGUCUCAACUGAGUGUCCUCCAGAAAGACAACAGUUGUCUUCCUUUAGGUAAGCAUUCAAACUCUCAUUCAUUUGUUUACUCAUUCGUUCAUUCAUUCAUUCUAGUGCAGUAGAAAACAGAAGAAGCAGUUGACUUGGAACUAAGAGAUUAGCAACAUUUUAAUAUUCAUUUAUAAUCUACCAGGCAGUAAAGAGCCUGCAAAUGCAUGACCUCUGCUAAAUAAGUGUUUACCAAUAGUUGACUGAGGAGCCCACCUAUCUUCUGAUAUUGAGGAAAGACUAAAAACCCCUAGAAUACAAAGUGGAAAUGAGGUUGAAUCGAAUAGACUCUAACCCUUAAACCGUACUUUGUCUUUUGCUCACAAAGGAAAAAUCUAGGUAUUUGAGAAAGAUUUGAGUUCUAUUAUGUGCUAGUUGAAAUAGAAACAAAAGAGAACCAUAAAUUUAAUAUGUGCUCCUUCUCCUCUGUAACAUCUCUCUAGUAAAGCUAACUUUGAAAAGUGGGGAUGGGAUCAUUUACAACUAGAAGCUGGAUUCUUUCUGGAUCAGGAAAAGGCUAACACGAAGAAUGGCGUCUGUCUGAUCACCAGGUUCUCUGACUUUCUGUCCUUCUCAUAAUCUCCUGAUCUUUGGAGAUGAAAGAAGACUUCAUCUGAAGGAUUCAAACAAUCUACUUGUGUACCUUUGAUGGGGUGGGGCAGGGGCGGGGGGCAGGUCUAAACAAACCGGUUUUUUUGGUGUCUUUGCAGGGAAUGAAAGAAGACAAUGAGUAGAUAACCAGCAGCCAUUUCCUUUCAGUUAUGGUAUAUGAUUCUGCCUGAGAAAGCAGGAUUUAUGGGAAGGAAAACUUGUCUAAGGCCCUUCAAGACGGCCUGACCCAGAGUCACCUAAAAGAACUCUUCGAACUUAAAUGAUUGGGGUGUGUGAUCAGUUGCUUCUUACUCUGUGUCUCAGAUUUCCUAGUCCAUGACAUUUAAUAGUGAGUAUAGAGUAGGAUAUUCUAUACAUUUUAGUAUUUGGCCCUUGGAAACAAAGUUUAAUACCAUGUCACUCAGAAGACUGUCAAAGUUUGCUUAUAAAUGGUAAAGUAUACACUACCAGAGAUUCUAAUCCAUUCACAUCAUUCUUGAGUUGUGCAAAUACACUUGGCUUUGAUUUCACUUGGUGAUCUAAAUUUGUUUAUUUAAGCUGUAAGAAAGUUACAUUAAUUUGGAAUGUGUCAUCACUUGGACGCAGUAUAUCAGAUUUUUAUUUAGUAAAAUGUUAAAAAGUGUAACUCAGAUUCUGGAUGUUCGAGUUUACAAUACAUUGCCUGUAACAAAAACUGAUUCUGAAAUGCAUUUUUCUUGACUGACUUUGGCAGAAAUAUACUUGUAUCUUAAUUUAUAGUUGAUAAGUUUAUACCGUUUUCUAAAAGUAAUAAAGCAUCAUUUCAU